AUGCAAAAGGGGCUUUCAGCAGAUCACUUUUUCGAGACCGAUGCGUCUGCACAGAGACGAGAGAGGCAAGCUGCCAAGUCUGCCAACAAGAAUGGAAACCCAAUUUCCUUGAAAUCCAAACCACUGGCUGCCAUUCUCGAUCUCGGCUCGCCAUCUUCUCUCCUUGUUGCAGAGUCUUCCGGCACUGUCAGAAGAGUCAAUACUGAGACACAAGAUACCAAACAAGUAUAUCGGGGCCCGACCGCGCCCGUAACAUGUGUGGCACUCGGAGGACCCGGCAACCAGACAUUAUUCGCCGGAUCUUGGGACAAGGACAUCUGGAGUUGGGACGUUUCCUCAAAGGCACCAGGCCGCAAGUACAGCGGCCACUCUGAUUUCGUCAAGGCCGUUGUCUGCACCAAACUGGGCGGCAAGGACAUCCUCAUCAGUGGUGGCGCGGACAAGAAGAUCAUCGUCUGGGAUGUUGCAACUGGCUCUCGCCUUCACGUCCUCCAGGAUCAGGUAGUCUCCAUGAUGGCAGUUCAACAUUUGGCUGUGGAUCCAGUGUCAUCUGGGCCCGACGAAGUGAUACUUGUCAGCUCGGGUAGUGAUCCGCAUAUUCGACGCUGGCGCAUUCGUGUCGACUCUGCAGAGCAGAUUAUUGAGACCCUGCCCAACGAGUCCGAAGCUCGAUACGCAAUCCUCGAGCACGAGACUACCGUGUAUAGGCUCUUUUUCGAUCAGCAGGGUGAUGAGGUCGACCUCUGGACCGCAAGUGGCGAUGGAACCGCAAAGUGUUUGUCACGAGCCAGAAACUACGCCGUUGAGGACACGAUCGAACACGGCGACCAUGUUCGAACUAUCAUAGCAACGGAGCAUUGGAUUGUGACUGGUGGUCGAGACGAGGACAUCAAGGUUUGGGAUCGCGCAUCCGGCAAGCUGUAUUGCACACUGGAUGGACACUACGACGAAGUUACUGACCUGAUUGUGCUUGGCGGCCAAACAACAUCGGCUGCACAAAUUGCAUCAGUCUCUCUUGAUGGGACGAUCCGAACAUGGUCACUUGAAAAAAAGGAACUCGACAAGAUCAACCAAGAAAAAUUGGACAAGGCCAACGGAGUGGAGGAGGAAAAUCCGGCUGAGGAGGAAAAGGAAGGACUCAUGACUGCCGAAGAAGAGGCUGAGCUUGCUGCUCUUCUGGAUGAUGAUGACGAAUAA